CCACUACUUGGCGUGACCAGGUAUCUAGCAUCUGGCCACAAUUGUCCACAAUUGUCCACAAUUGUCCACAAUUGCCAACAACAGAACCUUCCUCAUCCAUUAGAACUUAGCUCCAUUCAUUCAAACUAUACCUCCUGCAAAUACAGGGACUGUCUGAACUUCCUCUUCUCAAUUAAAACACACCCAACAGCUUGA